AUGCCCCCACCAUCCACCCCCCCCAACCCCAACCCAACCUGCCCCUUCUGCGCCAUCGCCCUCGCCAACCCCCCCUCCCCCACCCGCCUCCUCCCCCCCACCUCGGCCGCCCCACCCCCCGCGACGCCCAACCCCACGACCGCGUCCCCCGACCCCACACCCCCGGCCGCCCACCUCAUCCUCUCCACGCCCCACCUGAUCGCGUUCCUGGACCACGCGCCGAUAUCGAGGGGGCACGUGCUGGUCGUCGUGCGGGCGCACCGGGAGAAACUGGGCGAUGUGAGGGUGGAGGAGGGGGAGGCGGUGGGGCGGUGGUUGGGGGUCGUGAGCCGGGCGGUUGUGGGGGCUGUGAGGGAAGGUGAGGCUGGGGAGGGGGAAGAUGCGGAUCUGGACGUGGGGGAUUGGAACGUCGUGCAGAAUAAUGAGGUCGUGCCCCAUGUCCAUUUUCAUAUCAUACCGCGCGUCGGCGAUGUACCGGAGGUGAAGGCGAGGAGCUGGACGGUGUUUGGGAAGGGGCAGAGGGAGGAGUUGGAUGAGGACGAUGCGGUUGUUUUGGUCGGGAGGAUGAGGGAGAGGGUACGGAAAGAGGUGGAGAGGGUUAGGUGGCGGGAGGGAGAGGAGGGGGUUAGGAGGUUACUUGGGGAUGGGCAGGCAGUUGGUGGUGCGGGUGGGAGGGGGGAUGAGGGUGGGUUGUGGAGGGGGACGGGAAGGAGGAGUAAGCUGUAA